GGUCACACUUCCUCAAAUCUGGUUUCAACCUUACAAAAGGCACUUGUAAAUCAUUUUGCUCGUUUAUCUCACUGCUUUCCCUGGCGCAGUGCCGGCAGCAGAGAUGCAGCGACAAUUGAGGGAAGAGAGCGAUUACGAUCAGCUUCCUGAUGAUGUGCCUAUCUCUGGCCACAUCGCCGAUACAGAGCAGAGCAAAGGGUUCAACAGCCACUUUGUCUUUACAAUUCAGGUGAAGCAGAAAGGUGGUGGCAAGUAUUUCAUAUUUCGCCGCUAUCGGCAGUUUCAUAACCUUCAGGUUAAACUACAGGAGAAAUUCAGUCUGGAGAACUACAAGAACUCCUACACCUGUGACUUGCCCACACUACCAGGGAAGGUUUAUAUUGGCAACAAGCAAGAUAUUGCAGAGAAGAGAAUCCCUGAACUCAACAGUUACAUAAAGAAGCUUCUUGAACUGCCUGUCUGGGUUCUUCUUGAUGAAGAUCUCCGUAUGUUCUUCCAUCAAACCUCAGAUGAUUCCGAGCGGGUACCACGAUUGCUACGGAGACUGAGGCCGAUUACCCGGAAAGUCAAAUCCCAAAUAGAAAAGGAACACGUGAAUGCAAAAUCAGAAGUUCCCCAAGCAGAGGCUCUCUAUGAUUUUACUGCGGCCAAUGACUUUGAAUUGACGUUCAAAGCUGGUGACAUUAUCUAUCUGCUAAAAAGAGUCAAUAACGACUGGCUAGAGGGCAUUCUGAAUAACGACACUGGGAUUUUCCCCAAAUUGUUUGUGAGGAUUAUUAAAGAUUUAACAGAAGAGACACACGAUGCGAAUGAAAGACUCACAGACGCUCACUGGAUUCGAUGUAUCUACCAUGAUAUCCAUUGUUGUGAGAUCAGGAAUGUAACUCUGAAGGGUGGCGUCCCUGCACAACUGGAAUACACAGAACUUUUGUCCUUGAUGAGGACUGAAUUUGGGAACGAGGCCAUUGCCCUUAAUUACCGUGACCCAGAGGGAGACAUGGUGCGCAUUAUAGACAACAUGGAUGUUGAAUUGAUGGCGUUGGAGGCCAAAGAUCACUCGAAGAUCAGAAGGCCCGAUUUUGCCCCUUGGGAGCUGCAUGUGACCAGGAAGGAUGAUCUUUCAGUGUACAACACUAAGCCGUGAAGUUGUUACUAUAGCAACAUACAAUGGGUGUUUGCUAACAAAGGGCCUUUUGAAUUGGCUCUUUCUCAGUGACCUACUAAUUUGAGGAAAAAUGGUAUUUAGUUUGCUCCCUUUUCAAAGAAAUUUAACUCUCCCUGAUCUGCAUGCUCGCCCAGUUUCAUUUGGUCAUUCUAAUCUAGGAAGAUGGAACUUAUAUCAUGCGGCUCUAUGUUUGAUAGUUAGUGUUCUAUUUGACAUCACUUCUGAUCACUCAGUGCAUCUAAUGACCUGGAUAUAGUUCUAGAGGGAGGGUUGACCACUGCCUGGCUUCUAGCCUGGAGGUAAGUUUUGUGCAAGUGUUGGGGGGUGGGGACUUGUUGUCAGGUUGGGAAGAACAGGCUUUCCGAAUGCCCUGCAGAAUGUAACGGCAGGACUCCUUUAAGUGGGGUCCCUGCCCACCGGUGGCCAUUAUGGCCUGUCAAGUGGGAACUCCACUUCACAAGGCUGAAACCUAAGAGAGCAGGUAGAUAGGGGGUGGGGUGAGAUCGAUCAUGGCGGAGGUUCAGA